GGAGGUAUGCUGAGGCUAUUUCUUUGUAGUUGCAACAGAAAGCUGACAAACAGCACUGGAAUGUAGGCAGUCAACAUACGACCUCCUCUUCUCGACGGUCUACAUGAAAUGCACAUCUGGACCCGUGUUUGUUGUAGCCGUCAGGUGCUCUGACGUGCCACUGUGUGGCGGGCUUUCGACCUUUUUAGCAUGCAGCGUGGCGCCCAAGCUCGUCGCUGUGGACAGUUCUUCCGUACGCGGUGCGCUAAGGCUUAGGCCAUCUGCAAGUGGAGUACUGAGUCGGCGAAUUUCGUCUGAUGGACCUGCUGCUUAGCGUCAGAUGUUCUUGGAUUAUUCUUUAGCCUGUCUCCACAUCUACAAAAACUAUGUAAACGGUGAGGGGAACUACAAGAUCUGGAACGCAUUUC